AGCCACAUGCAAACCAAAAGGAUGGAGACGCAGAAAGGGCCCUGAGUAAGCAGAGCGGUCGGUCCACAGAGAGAAUGGAGCAGCCGCGCAGGGAGCAGCGCAGCCGGGAGAGCAUGCAGCUCCGGAGGGAGAGGUGGAGGGAGAGCACAGCCUCCUGAGAGUCUGAUGGCGUCCCAGUUCCCAGCUCCAGCCCCCGUGCGUCCUGCCUGCGCAUCCUUCCCAGUGUUCAAGAAGGCCAGUCCAAAUGGGAAGCUCACCGUCUAUCUGGGGAAGCGGGACUUUGUGGACCACGUUGAACUCGUGGACCCAGUGGACGGCGUGGUCCUGGUGGAUCCUGAGUACCUCAAGGAGAGGAGAGUCUACGUGACCCUGACCUGUGCCUUCCGCUACGGCCGGGAAGACCUGGAUGUCCUGGGCCUGACCUUUCGAAAGGACCUGUUUGUGGCCAACGUGCAGUCCUUCCCGCCGGCCCCCAAGGACAAGAAGCCCCUGACGCGUCUGCAGGAACGCCUCAUCAAGAAGCUGGGCGAGCACGCCUACCCCUUCACCUUUGAGAUCCCUCCCAACCUGCCGUGCUCUGUGACGCUGCAGCCCGGCCCGGAAGACACAGGGAAGGCCUGCGGUGUGGACUAUGAGGUGAAAGCCUUCUGCGCCGAGAACCUGGAGGAGAAGAUCCAUAAGCGGAAUUCCGUGCGCCUGGUCAUCAGGAAGGUGCAGUAUGCCCCGGAGAGGCCCGGCCCCCAGCCCACAGCAGAGACCACGCGCCAGUUCCUCAUGUCCGACAAGCCCUUGCACCUGGAGGCCUCGCUGGAUAAGGAGAUCUAUUACCAUGGAGAGCCCAUCAGCGUCAAUGUGCACGUCACCAACAACACCAACAAGACCGUGAAGAAGAUCAAGAUUUCGGUUCGCCAGUACGCAGACAUCUGCCUGUUCAACACAGCCCAGUACAAGUGCCCGGUGGCCAUGGAGGAGGCUGACGACACCGUGGCCCCCAGCUCGACGUUCUGCAAGGUCUACACGCUGACCCCCUUCCUGGCCAACAACCGAGAGAAGCGGGGCCUCGCCCUGGAUGGGAAGCUGAAACACGAGGACACCAACCUGGCCUCCAGCACCCUGCUGAGGGAAGGGGCCAACCGGGAGAUCCUGGGCAUCAUUGUCUCCUACAAGGUGAAAGUGAAGCUGGUGGUGUCUCGAGGCGGCCUGUUGGGAGAUCUAGCAUCCAGCGAUGUGGCCGUGGAACUGCCCUUCACCCUGAUGCACCCCAAGCCCAAAGAGGAAGCCCCGCAUCGGGAAGUUCCAGAGAAUGAGGCGCCGGUAGAUACCAAUCUCAUAGAACUUGACGCCAACAACCCGCUUGCCUGCAUGUGACUUGAAGGACCCUCGUGCCUCUUCCUCCUGCCUUGGUUGGGUCUGUCUUCCUUCCUCGUCCUUGCACGUCCGUCAGUCCGUCCACCGCGUCUCCCCGGCCCACACCCGGCUGGCUAGAAGCCCUGGGCUCCGACUCUCCUGCCCCGCCCACCUCAACCGCUGGAUUCAGGCUGUGGGGUGGGGGGAGAUGGGGGGGAUGCUUCGUGGAUUUCCCGGUGGCCAAAACUCCCCACAUGGAGACAGUGGCCUGAGCGGAGGCUUCACCCUUGGCUUCAGGAGCCACCUGCAGGGCCACGUGGGUUUCUCCCUCCAGUGCCAAAGUCCCCGGUCCUCCAAGAGAGACCCCGGGGUGUGACGGUGCCCUGUGGGGUUGGCUGAAUUCCAUGGGGUGGAGGACUGGAGAUGUCUAGGGGGGCGGGGUCCAAGUGGCACUGAGACCCCACCCAGGAACCCCCUUCCCCCACCCCACCCCCUCGGCUUCCCUAUCAGAUAGCUCUCCCAUCCAGGAUGCCACUGGGCAGAAUAGGAACUCCCCCUUCCUGGGAGAAAGGACCUCGUGGUUCAUCCUUCCAUGAAGCCAUCCCUUCCUUCUUGUCCGGGAUCAUGAGUGCUUCCCAUGGAGCAGUGCUUGGCGGGUUGGGGAGCUUGGGCCCCAGCUGUGAAGGUGCUGGUAGCUGGCCUUUCAAUGAGGACAACUUCUUCUCUGGCCCUCAGCCGUGCAUGCACGCAGACCCAUGCUGCUGCGCCCCCUCCCCAGAAUCCCUUCCCUUCCCAGACCUCAAGCGCAGUUAGUUCAAGCACAUCACUGUCGCUCCCACAACUGGUGUGCAGGCCCCACAGACCUUCCUGCCCAGGGCCAGCCCUAGCGGCCACAGGCCUGGAAGAGGGUGGCUCCCUCGUAGGCUGAAAGCGGGUGAGCCAGGCUCAGUCACGUUGGCCCAGGCCAGCCCCUACCCCCUGCCAACAUACGGACUGUCCCUGCCCCUGCAAACAGCCUCCCCCACCGUUUUCCUUCUCUUCC